AAGAAGGUGGAGCGGUCGAGACUUGCUCUACUAAGAUCUCUAAGCUCUCCUUUCAAAACAUCUCACUAUCCAUUUUCAGUUCAAGCCUCCAAAACCGAGCUGGUAGUUCUAGUUUUUCUCCUCUAAGCACAAGAGAGGAAAUUAGCCAGCUUUUUUUUCAAGCUUAAAGCAUUAGGAUUUGCAAGAAAGAGAGGUGCUGGGGGUGGUGUAAGGGGGAGAGAAAAACAUAAGAAAAAACAAAGUACAGAGAGAAGUUUAGUUCUGACAAUACAUAGGUUUCUUUCAAAGGGGGUGGCGUGGGGGGUGGGUUUUAGCCAAGUUAUGCGCUCAGGAGCUUGUACGGUCCAGCAGACCCUCACAGCAGAGGCUGCUUCAGCAUUGAAGCACUCUCUUAGCUUGGCAAGGAGGAGAGGCCAUGCUCAGGUCACUCCUUUGCAUGUAGCUGCAACCUUGCUGAGCUCAAGAACUAGUCUUUUGAGAAGGGCUUGUCUCAAAUCACAGCCUCAUCAAACUUCACAUCCUCUUCAAUGCAGAGCUCUUGAGCUUUGCUUUAAUGUUGCACUAAACAGACUUCCAACAACUCCUGUUCCUUUACUUCAUGGCCAGCCAUCUUUGUCCAAUGCUUUGAUUGCUGCCCUUAAAAGAGCUCAAGCACAUCAAAGAAGGGGUUGCAUAGAGCAGCAGCAGCAGCAGCAGCAGCAGCCUCUUUUGACUAUUAAGGUUGAGCUUGAACAGCUUAUAUUAUCCAUCUUAGAUGACCCUAGUGUUAGUAGGGUUAUGAGAGAGGCUGGGUUCUCUAGCACUUCCGUCAAAAACAAUAUAGAGGACUCUUCGGCUUCUUCUGUGUUUCAGUGUUAUAGUACUUCCGGUGGGGUUUUCUCUUCACCUUGUUCCCCUUCUGCUACUGAAACUCAAAAAGAGGUCAUUAACCCAACUACCUUUUGGCAAACCCAUUUCUUGAAUUACACUUCUGAGAAAAACCCAGUUCUUCUUUCACCACAGAAGAAAGUUUCAAGCAACUAUUUCACAGAUUCUGGUUCUGUGAAGGAAGAUAUCAAGUUGGUUUUGGAGGUUUUAUUGAGAAAGAAUGUUGUGAUAGUUGGUGACUGUGUACCUGUAACUGAAGGUCUUAUUGCAGAGUUGAUGGGAAGGUUAGAGAGAGGAGAGGUUCCAAUGGAAUUGAAGCAAACUCGGAUUAUUGAGUUCCAGUUUGCACCAGUUUCUUUGAGGUUCAUGAAGAAGGAAGAUGUUAAAAUGAAUCUCUCAGAACUGAAAAGAAAAGUGGAUUCUCUAGGUGAAAGUGGGGCCAUUAUCUAUACAGGGGACCUGAAAUGGGCUGUUGAAGAAACUGUCGGUAAUGGAGAGGUAUCUGGUUAUAGUCCAGUAGAUCAUUUAGUCACAGAAAUUGGCAGGCUACUAUCUGAAUAUAGUAGCUCAAACACAAAAGUAUGGUUAAUGGCCACUGCAAGUUAUCAAACAUACAUGAAGUGCCAGAUGAGACGACCAUCUAUUGAGAUUCAAUGGGCACUUCAAGCUGUCUCGGUUCCUUCAGGUGGACUUGGUUUGAGCCUCCAUGCAUCCAGCAUCUCCAAUAACCCAUCUCAUGUGCUGGAAACAAAGCCAUUCAUUAAUAAUGGCAAGGAGGAACAGGAUAAAUUCACUUGUUGUCAAGAAUGCACCUCUAAUUAUGAGAAAGAAGUUCAAUUGCUUAAAUCAGGACAGCAGAAACAUUUACUUCCUUGGCUUCAACCUCAAGGCACCAAUUCCAUUCAAAAGUUAAAUUUUCAGGAUGAAUUGGUUGAGUUGAGGAGAAAAUGGAACAGAUUGUGCCACAGCCUACACCACCAAGGAAGGCAAAGCAAUUUAAAUUCUACUUUAUUCAACAAUCAAAGCAUGCUUGGAAAAAACUACUCAUUUGCUUCAUCAUAUCCUUGGUGGCCAAGCCAAAACAGCUUCUUCCCAGAUUCAAAUUCAAUCUCCUUUGCCGAUUCAGCUUUGAAACCAAACUACAGCUCCAGUAAUGUGCCUAAAUUUAGAAGACAGCAAUCAUGCCAUAUUGAGUUCAACUUUGUUAAUGGUUUUCAAAAGAAUGAACCAGAGGAACCAAACUUGGAUUCUCUAAAGAAUUCUGAAGGCAAGGAAGUAAAGAUCACCCUUGCUCUUGGUAAUUCUUUGUUUUCUGAUAUAGGCAAACUGGAAAAAGGGAGAAGUGAUCAUUUGUGCAAACUACUGAAAGAGAAUGUCCCUUGGCAGUCUGAAAUUAUUCCUUCAAUAGUGGAUGCUUUGGUUGAAUCCAGGUCAACCGAAAAAGACACUUGGUUACUGAUUCAAGGGAAUGACACUCUUGGAAAAAGAAGAUUGGCACUUGCAAUUUCGGAGUCUGUAUUAGGCUCUGCUGAUUUGUUGCUACACUUGAACAUGAGGAAAAGAGAUAAUGAGGUGACCUCAUAUUCUGAAAUGCUUGCAAGAACCUUAAGAAACCAAGAAAAACUUGCAGUUUUUGUGGAAGAUGUAGAUUUGGCUGAUAUACAGUUCUUGAAAUUCCUUGCUGAUGGAUUUGAAACUGAAAGAUUUGGAGAAUCAAGUAAUAAAAGAGAGGGAAAUGGCAGCCAAGUAAUAUUUAUCUUGUCCAAGGGUGACUCCACCGUCUAUGAAGACAGGAAGAUGAAUGAUUCUGUUAUCAAGAUGACACUGAAGGUGAAUGAAACAAGAACUGCUAGUUUUGGAACACCCAACGUUGACCACAAGAGAAAAGCUGAGUGGGAGAUUUCAAGCAAGGCUAAUUCUCCAAGAGUCAAUGAAAAGGAAAAUGCUUAUUGGUGUCCUGAUGAAAAUGGAAACAAGAAGAAAAACUUCUCAAGACAGUCAAGUUUCAACACCCUUGAUCUCAACCUGAAGGCCGACGAAGACGAUGAAAGCAAGGGAAGACCGGGGGAAUUCAGCCUCAUUUCAAGUGAUCUGACUCGUGAGACCUCAUCCGAUCACCUUAGUCCAAAAGGACUUCUUGAUAUGAUCAAGAACCGUUUUGUAUUCGAUCGAAAUCAAGGUCGUGAUAGAGAAAUGACAGGGGUUUUGUCGUCCAAGAUCAAGAGAAAUUUUCAUGAGGUUUUUGGGGAUCAAAACGGGGUAUACUUUAGCAUUGAAGAGAGGGUAUUAGGGGAGGUAUUAGAAGGGUCAGGUACUUUUGUGAAUAGUCAGUUUGAGAAAUGGCUAAAAGACAUCUUUCAAACAAGCCUGAAAACAGUUAAAUUGGGAGGUAAAGAAGAAGGUAUAGGUGUUAGGCUUUGUUUUGGGUUUACAAGUGAUAGAGUUUUUGAGGAUGGUUUCAUGGGUACAUGUCUCCCUAAGAAAAUCCAGGUUUCUUUCACGGACUGACUGCCUAGCUAGUCUCUUCUGUAAAAUCCAUCACCAAAUGACAUUGGAUCACAAUGUCCCUGUGUAACUGCUAAUCUUCAUAAUAGGAUGUGUUCUGUUUCUUUUUUUUCCCA